UUCCUUUGGGGGAAACUGUCGCCUGGCUCGGCGCUUGGAACCUGCAGCUCCGGCUUUGGGGAUUGGUGCCGGGGACCCGGGGGGCCUUGGCCCGAGGCGAGAGCGGAGGACGAAGAUGUGUGGCUUCGGCUCCCUGACGUUGGCAUUAGUGCUGCUGGUUCUGAGCAAGGUGGCGCCGCAGUCGUGCCCGGCGCAAUGCUCCUGCUCCGGGAGCACCGUGGACUGUCACGGGCUGGCGCUGCGCAGCGUGCCCAGGAAUAUCCCUCGCAACACCGAGAGGCUGGAUUUGAAUGGAAAUAACAUCACAAGAAUCACAAAGACUGAUUUUGCUGGUCUUAGACACCUCAGAGUCCUUCAGCUUAUGGAGAACAGGAUUAGUACUAUUGAAAGAGGAGCAUUUCAAGAUCUUAAGGAACUGGAGAGACUGCGUUUAAACAAAAAUAACCUUCAGCUGUUUCCUGAGUUGCUGUUUCUUGGGACUUCGAAAUUAUACAGGCUUGAUCUCAGUGAAAAUCAGAUUCAGGCAAUCCCAAGGAAGGCUUUUCGUGGUGCUGUUGAUAUUAAAAACCUGCAACUGGAUUACAACCACAUCAGCUGUAUUGAAGAUGGGGCGUUUAGGGCUCUGCGGGACCUGGAAGUGCUCACUCUCAACAAUAACAACAUUACUAGACUAUCAGUGGCAAGUUUCAACCAUAUGCCCAAACUUAGGACAUUUCGACUCCAUUCCAACAACCUCUUCUGUGAUUGCCAUCUGGCCUGGCUCUCUGAUUGGCUCCGGCAACGACCUCGCGUGGGUCUCUACACUCAGUGCAUGGGUCCCAACCACCUGAAAGGCCACAAUGUGGCUGAAGUUCAGAAGCGCGAGUUUGUCUGCAGUGGUCAUCAGUCGUUUAUGGCUGCUUCUUGCAGUGUGUUACAUUGCCCAGCUGCAUGUACGUGUAGUAACAAUAUAGUGGAUUGUCGUGGAAAAGGGCUUCCUGAGAUACCUACCAAUCUCCCAGAAACCAUCACCGAAAUACGUUUAGAACAAAAUUCGAUCAAGGUCAUCCCUCCUGGAGCCUUUUCACCAUAUAAAAAGCUUCGAAGAAUUGAUCUGAGCAAUAACCAAAUCUCAGAAAUUGCACCAGAUGCUUUCCAUGGCCUGCGAUCACUGAAUUCACUUGUCCUCUAUGGAAAUAAAAUUACAGAACUUCCAAAAAGUCUAUUUGAAGGACUAUUUUCUUUACAGCUUCUACUCCUGAAUGCCAACAAGAUCAACUGCCUGCGCGUGGACGCUUUUCAGGACCUGCACAACCUGAACCUGCUGUCCCUGUACGACAACAAGCUGCAGACCAUUGCCAAGGGCACCUUCGCACCCCUGCGAGCCAUUCAGACUUUGCAUUUGGCUCAGAACCCAUUUAUUUGUGACUGUCAUCUGAAGUGGCUAGCGGAUUACCUUCACACAAACCCUAUCGAGACCAGCGGUGCCCGCUGCACCAGCCCCCGGCGGCUGGCCAACAAAAGGAUCGGCCAGAUCAAAAGCAAGAAGUUCCGCUGCUCAGCUAAAGAACAGUAUUUCAUUCCAGGCACGGAAGACUAUCGAUCAAAAUUAAGUGGAGACUGCUUUGCAGAUCUGGCUUGCCCCGAAAAGUGCCGCUGUGAAGGGACUACAGUGGAUUGCUCCAAUCAAAAACUCACCAAGAUUCCAGACCACAUCCCUCAGUACACUGCAGAACUCCGUCUCAAUAAUAAUGAAUUUACCGUCCUGGAAGCGACAGGGAUCUUUAAGAAGCUCCCUCAGCUACGUAAAAUAAACUUCAGCAACAAUAAGAUCACAGAUAUCGAAGAAGGAGCAUUUGAAGGAGCCUCUGGCGUAAAUGAAAUUCUUCUCACUAGUAAUCGAUUGGAAAAUGUUCGCCAUAAGAUGUUCAGGGGAUUAGAAAGCCUGAAAACUCUGAUGUUGAGAAGUAAUCGCAUAACCUGCGUAGGAAAUGAUAGUUUCAUCGGACUCAGUUCUGUACGUUUGCUUUCUCUGUAUGACAAUCAGAUUACGACAAUUGCUCCAGGAGCCUUUGAUACCCUCCAUUCCUUAUCCACAUUAAACCUCUUGGCCAACCCUUUUAACUGUAACUGCUACUUGGCUUGGUUGGGAGAUUGGCUUAGGAAGAAACGCAUUGUAACAGGAAAUCCUCGAUGUCAGAAACCUUACUUCCUAAAAGAGAUUCCCAUCCAGGACGUUGCAAUUCAGGAUUUUACUUGUGAUGAUGGGAAUGAUGACAACAGCUGUUCGCCACUGUCCCGCUGCCCAGCAGAAUGUACUUGCCUCGAUACCGUGGUCCGAUGUAGUAACAAGGGCCUGAAAGCCUUGCCUAAAGGAAUCCCAAAAGAUGUCACCGAACUGUAUUUGGAUGGGAACCAGUUUAUCCUGGUUCCCAAGGAACUUUCUAACUACAAACAUUUAACACUUAUAGAUCUAAGUAACAACCGAAUCAGCACACUUUCUAAUCAGAGCUUCAGCAACAUGACACAGCUUCUGACCUUAAUUCUUAGUUAUAACCGUCUCCGAUGUAUACCUUCUCGGACCUUUGAUGGAUUAAAGUCUCUUCGUUUGCUGUCUUUACAUGGAAAUGACAUUUCUGUUGUACCUGAAGGAGCUUUCAAUGAUCUUUCCUCCUUAUCACAUCUAGCCAUCGGUUCAAACCCUCUGUACUGUGACUGUAACAUGCAGUGGUUAUCGGACUGGGUCAAAUCCGAGUACAAAGAACCCGGAAUCGCUCGGUGUGCCGGGCCUGGGGAGAUGGCGGACAAGCUGCUGCUCACGACGCCGUCCAAAAAAUUUACAUGCCAAGGUCCUGUGGAUGUUAACAUCCUCGCGAAAUGUAGUCCAUGCUUAUCUAACCCAUGUAAAAAUGAUGGCACCUGUAACAAUGAUCCUGUCGACUUCUAUCGAUGCACUUGUCCAUAUGGUUUCAAGGGUCAGGAUUGUGAUGUUCCUAUCCACUCCUGCAUCAGUAACCCAUGCAAACAUGGUGGAACUUGUCAUUUAAAAGAAGGAGAAAAAGAUGGAUUCUGGUGUACUUGUGCUGACGGAUUUGAAGGAGAAAAUUGUGAAGUGAACGUUGAUGAUUGUGAAGACAAUGAUUGUGAAAAUAACUCCACCUGUGUCGACGGAAUUAACAACUACACGUGCCUUUGCCCACCUGAGUACACAGGUGAGUUGUGUGAAGAGAAACUCGAUUUUUGCGCCCAGGACCUUAACCCCUGCCAGCAUGACUCCAAGUGCAUCCUGACACCAAAGGGAUACAAAUGCGACUGCACCCCCGGGUACGUUGGUGAGCACUGCGAUAUCGAUUACGACGACUGCCAAGACAACAAGUGUAAGAACGGGGCCCACUGCACCGAUGCCGUCAAUGGCUACACUUGCAUCUGCCCCGAAGGUUACAGUGGCCUGUUUUGUGAGUUUUCCCCGCCCAUGGUUCUGCCUCGCACCAGCCCUUGUGAUAACUUUGAGUGCCAGAACGGAGCCCAGUGUAUCAUCAAGACCAACGAGCCAAUCUGCCAGUGUCUGCCUGGCUACCAGGGGGAAAAGUGUGAAAAGCUGGUCAGCGUCAACUUUGUCAACAAGGAAUCUUACCUUCAGAUACCUUCGGCCAAGGUUCAACCUCAGACAAACAUCACUCUGCAGAUCGCCACAGACGAGGACAGCGGCAUCCUCCUGUACAAAGGAGACAGGGAUCACAUCGCCGUGGAGCUGUAUCGCGGGCGCGUGCGGGCCAGCUACGACACCGGAUCCUACCCCACCUCCGCCAUUUACAGCGUGGAGACAAUUAAUGAUGGAAACUUUCACAUAGUAGAAUUGAUCGCGAUGGGUCAGAGUCUGUCGCUGUCCAUCGAUGGCGGAAGCCCCAAAACCAUUACCAACUUAUCAAAGCAAUCCACUCUGAAUUUCGACUCCCCACUUUAUGUCGGAGGGAUGCCCGGGAAGAGCAACGUGGCCGCCCUGCGCCAGGCCCCGGGCCGGAACGGCACCAGUUUCCACGGCUGCAUCCGCCACCUGUACAUCAACAGCGAGCUGCAGGACUUCCGGAAGGUGCCCAUGCAGACGGGCAUCCUGCCCGGCUGCGAGCCCUGCCACAAGAAGGUGUGCGCCCACGGCUCGUGCCGGGCCUCGGGCCAGGCCGGCUUCGCCUGCGACUGUGACGAGGGCUGGGCCGGCCCGCUGUGCGACCAGCGCACCAACGACCCCUGCCUCGGAAACAAGUGCAUGCACGGAACCUGCUUGCCCAUCAACGCCUUCUCCUACAGCUGCAAGUGUCUGCAAGGCUACGGGGGCGUCUUGUGCGACGAGGAGGAACAGCCCUUCAACCCCUGCCAGGCCAUUCGCUGCAAGCACGGAAAAUGCCGCCUUUCGGGGCUCCGACAGGCCUAUUGUGAAUGCAACGGGGGCUUCACGGGGGAGAGCUGCGACCGAGAAGUCUCUUGUCGAGGAGAACGCGUCCGCGAUUACUACCAAAAGCAGCAGGGCUACGCCGCCUGCCAGACCACCAGGAAGGUCUCGCGCCUGGAGUGUAAGGGCGGCUGCGCCGGCGGCCAGUGCUGCGGCCCUCUGAGGAGCAAGAGGCGGAAAUACUCCUUCGAAUGCACUGACGGCUCGUCCUUCGUGGACGAGGUAGAGAAGGUGGUCAAGUGCGGCUGCACGCGGUGCCCCGCCUGAGCGGCCUCGGGCUCGGGCAAGGCCCCGUCGGACUCGUUCAUGCUUCAUAGUGGAAAUAUUUGAAAUAUAUUGUAAAAUACAGAACGGACUUAUUUUUAUUAUGAGAAUAAAGAUUUUUUUUCUGCAUUUGCAAAACGAUUGAAGUGCUUGAACUCAGACUUCUCCUAGGCCAGGGGAGCUCGACGACAGACGCUACCGAGAGCGUUGCAGCAGCGAAGGGAAGAAGCGGAGCUGCUGUGACCCGGAUCCUCCUUUAGCACAUGCCGAAGACGAAGGGAGGCGAUACCGAGGGACGCCGGCGGCCUACAGAGCAUCCGGGAACACGGAGCAGGAGGCCUGGGGCCUGUGCGCUCACUCCCGGCGGAAGUGUCCCGUCCCAUCGGGGCCUACCGCGGCCGAGGGGGAUCCACGGGUCACGGGCCUUCCUUUGGGGAGGGGGUGCCGGCAGCGGGAAAGGGGCGUGGUCUAAGACGAGAGAGGAAUGAGGGCUCUUAAAAUAUUCUCAAAAUCUAUUCUUCAUGUCAAGCAUGUUAGCAAAAGAAGCACACACAAGUGUUCAUCUACCUUUUUCCAGUAUUAAUUUUUUGUAAUGUAAAUGUUAAAGGGGACACAGAACCAAUAGGUUAUUGAUGGAUAAAUUAGUAAGGAUGUUUUUUGUUUCUCUGAGUUUAAGCAGCCCUAUACAGUAUUCAGUUUCAUUGAGAAAUAUUUAUUAUAUAAAAGUACUUUGUACUUAACAUUUUUAGGCCAUCCCUUUUACGGUUUUUCAAUGGUUUAAUAUAUAUUAAUUUAUAUUUGUCCUGAUAUUUUUGUAUUUUGGAUUUUUUAAGAAUUAAAAUCAGGAUUUAUUAUUAUUAUUAUUAUUAUUUUUGCAAUAGGACUAACAUAGCCUGUUGUCUUGGGGUAAAUAUUUUUGGUCUGGUUGUUUCUUAGCAUCUGCCCUCUGGUAUUAUUAAAAAAAAAACAAAAACCCUUAAACCAAAAGUGACCAUUUGACCUUUGGUUAUAAAUGUUGUCAACAUUCAGGACGCCUCCCAAAAACCAGUAAAGUAUGAGAGAAAAAUUUCACCGUGUUAAGUGGCAAUGUCGAGAAGGGAAUGUUCCCGGCUCAACACAUACAUCCCCCAAAUAAGGUGGUGUAGAGGAAAAACGACACUAGGAAAUAGACCUUUUUACAAAUUAAUAUUUCCCCAGAGUUCUUUACCCUUAAAAAACUGUAAUAUCAAGAACUGUGAUUUUUUUUCCAAAUAAUAAAACUACUUUAUUACCCUGUUCCCUAUGUUAACAUGUUUGCUGCUAAAUGACAAGGUAGAAUUGGUAAUGAUUUAUAGUCGGUUGUGCUCUUCUUUCUUUAAAAUCCCAGGGUACCCUGUAAAAAUGCAGAUGUUUCUUUCCAUUUUUUUAAACCAAGAAAAUUAGAUGUACAUGUAUAAUGCAGUGUGCUUUGUUUUAUCUGGACUAAUAUCAGUAAUGCUACUGAUGUUUGUAAAUUAAACAGAUAUUUACUUCAUUAA